AAGCGUCGUAUGCUUAAUCUAAUUACUCAUUUGUCUGCUGCUCAAAUGGAAAUGGAAAUACGAAUGCGACUGCUACUGCGACUGCGAUUGCAAACGGGCUACAACUGUCAAACGUCUAGCAUUGCGGCCAGUUGCGUUUUACACUCGUUCCGCUGUGGAAUGGCUCUGCCAGGUGGCAUUGGAACACUACCAACCAAAUGGGCGGAAAACUACAGAUUCGGUGAAAUUGACUAUAUAGUAUUUCUGGGCAUGAUUGUGCUGUCCACUGGAACGGGCAUUUAUUUCGGAUGUUACAAAAAAUCUAAGAAAACUAUUGAGGAAGUGGAGCCUAGUUUGCCCGUCAGCGUUGAUAAGCCGCGUAGACAGGACUUUGGCUCGGCUAAGAUGAGCGAGUAUUUGCUCGGAUCGCGGCAAUUGAAAGUUUUUCCUGUUGCCAUGAGUCUGAUAGCCAGCUAUGUAUCGGGCGUCACAAUACUGGGCACCACGUCGGAGAUAUAUAAUUAUGGCACACAAUACUGGUUUAUAGCCAUAGCCAUUCUGUUACAAGGCGUAGCUGUCGCCUACAUAUAUAUACCAGUUUUUACGGUACUGCAAGUCGGCUCGUCCUAUGAGUACCUAGAAAUGCGCUUCCAUUCGGUGAUACGUAGCAUAGCUUCAUUUAUGUUCAUUCUGGAUGAGAUACUCUUUCUGCCUUUCAUCGUAUAUGUGCCCGCUAUUGCAUUGAAUCAAGUAUCCGGCAUCAAUUUACAUGUGAUAUCAUCGGUGAUUGUGAUCGUGUGCGUCUUCUAUACCUUUGUGGGAGGCAUCAAGGCCGUCGUCCACACGGAUGCCUGGCAGACGCUGGUCAUGUUCCUCUCGGUGCUCGCUGUGGCUGUCCUGGGCACGUUCUAUGCCAAGGGAAUGGACAAGUUGUUCGACGAUGCCGCCAAGGGUGAACGCCUAAUCUUCACCAAUAUCAAUCCAUCGCCCUAUGUCCGGCACACCGUGUGGAGCGUGCUCAUUGGCGGUUUCUCGUAUUGGACCUCCUUCAAUGCGGUCAACCAGACCAUGGUGCAGCGCUAUAUGUCGCUGCCGUCGCUGAAGCAGGCGCGCGCCUCGAUGGCCAUAUUCACCAUUGGCGUGGCUGCCUUCGUCUCAGUUUGCUGCUACGUGGGUCUGCUGAUCUUCGAGAAGUACCAGGACUGCGACCCGCUCACAGCAGGCCUCAUCACGCACGACGAUCAGCUGCUGCCGCUGUACGUGGUGCAGAGUGUGGGGCAUCUCUCUGGCAUGGCUGGUCUCUUCAUUGCGGGCAUCUUCGGUGCCGCCUUGAGCUCGCUGUCUGUGGUGCUCAACUCCACGUCGCUGGUCAUAUUGGAGGACAUUGUGCGGGGCUGCUUCAAGAUUCAGCCCAGCGAACGCGCCUCCACGAUCUUGGUCAAGGGCAGCAUUCUAGUGCUGGGCGUGAUUGCGCUGUCCCUGGUUCUAGUGCUGGAGCACCUGAGUGGCGUCCUGAGCAUCUGCACCUCCAUGACGGCCAUUGCGGCGGGCACCACCUUUGGCCUCUUCACCCUGGGCAUGCUCGUGCCGUGGGCGAACAAUGUGGGCACAGCGGUUGGUGGCAUCGUAGGCGCCUUGCUGGCCGGUUGGAUAUCCUUUGGCACCCAGUUCACCAUUGCAGCGGGCCAGCUCAACUCGCAGAAGCUCAACGUGUCCGUGGCACACUGUACGACGAAUGUAACGCUGCCGGACUACAACUGGGUGGAUGAGGAGGAUGUGUUUCCACUCUAUCGUCUGUCGUAUCACUGGAUCAACCCAAUCGGCGUGGCCACAGUCAUUGUGGUCGGCUCCAUUGUGUCGCUGCUGACGAAGCCCACGGACGUGAAGACGCUCGACGCGGACCUCAUAUCGCCCGUGCUCCAUCGAUUCCUGCCCAAGGAGUGCUUCGUCAGCCGGCAGCGGCAACAGACGAAUCUGCUGAACCGCACAUGAAUACAAAGCAGAACCAGGUGCCUAAGCCAACUUAAGUUAACUUCAAGACAAAUUCCUGAACCAACGGGAGUCGCAGCUCCUACUACAUUCUAUAAGUUAGUUUAACUUGAGCCUAAUUUUAGUUUAGUAAGUAGUACAAAUCUGCAGAGGGGCGCACACACACUAAUAUAUAUACAUAUAUACACACACACACACCCAUUCACACACAGGUACAGGAAUUUAUGAAUCUGUAGCUUUAUUGAAAACCGAUUUUCUUCUAGUUUAUGU